AGCAUGCCUUCGAAUAUAAAUCGAAGCUGUUUUCGCGAAACUGACUGUAAUGAAUCCCUUUGGCGGCAGCGACAUUGACUGAUUCAAUAUCCCAUUGACAUAUUGUUGUAAAUAUAAGAAACACACUAUGGCGACUUCAACACAUAACGGUCUUGUCAUAGUGGCUCCCCGAGCCCCCUAUGAAGUUCAUCAAUUCCCCACGAUCCCACCAGUAGACGAUGAAAUCCGUGUCCAUGUCAAGUGGACGGCUUCUACACCCCUGGACCUUCAUCAGGCAGAUGGUGGGCUCUUAAUUGAAAUUCCAUAUAGAACUGGAUCUACUUCAGCUGGCGUUGUUGUCGAAGUUGGUCCCAACGUGAAGCACCUACGAGUUGGUGAUAGAGUAUUUGGCUUUGCUCAUCAACAACCGAAGUGGAAGGCUCAUCAGGAAUAUUCCACUGCUCCUGAAUGGGUUUUCGGAAAGAUCCCUGAUAAUGUUCCCAUGGAAGAGGCCGUAACGCUGCCGGAGAACUUCGUCACAGCGUUUAACACCAUCUCCACUGACUUGGGCCUCCCUACCCCGUGGCCGAAGCCUGAAGGCUACGUGCCACCUAGGGCUGAUGACCCGAUCUUGAUUUGGGGUGCUGCGUCCUCAGUAGGACAACUUACUAUCCAAGUCCUAAAGUUUUAUGGCUACCGUCACUUGAUUGCGACCGCAUCGCCGCGCCAUCACGAAUUCCUGAAGAAAUUAGGCGUCGAAGAAGCCUUUGACUAUAGAAGUCCAACAAUAGUUGAUGACUUGCUAAAGGCAUAUAAGAAAGGGGAUGUCCCAGCUUUCCCGUUGAUAGUCGACUGCAUCGGCUCGCAAGACGGAUCGGUUGGCCCUAUUUCCAAGAUCGCCCAGAGCGGUACCACCGUCGCAAUCAUGCUACCGGUCAUCUUGAAGCACGCAACGGAGACAGAAGCACCCGAGUACUCGAUGGACGCAAGCACCAGCGCCCAGUGGGCAGAAGGCGUCAAUGUACGCGGCGUGCGGACGUUCUUUUACUGGAGAAACCCGCUCUUCAAGGAGAAACUACAGUUAGACAUCAUGCCUCAGAUGCUGGCGGCCGGUCACGUGGUACCGAAUCGCAUCCGCGUGGUUGAAGGACGUACCCUGCUGGAGAGGGCUACCAAGGCGUUGGAAUUACUUCGGACGGGAGGGGUGAGCGGAGAGAAGCUCGUCUGGAGGGUUUCGGAGGAAUGAAGAAGGAUGAAUGAGGUUCCUGAUUAGGUACUUAGUUUUGAGCGAGCUUUGAUGUAAUAAUACCCGAAUUGAUUACCUGUACUCAAUCUUGAGUACAUAUGAGUUGUGAGUAUCUUAUUUCACGUUGGCGAAAAUGAUUACUAGGUACUCGUAAGGGGCUAGGAGGCCUGACCAAUGAGCUUUUGUAAUUAGAAUAUGUAUAUAACAGCAUUCAAAUAUGAUUACACUAUCGUUACCCA